AUGCUUUUAACAUUGCUACUCUGUGUCUUCGUUUUCUUCACCGUUCAUUAUCUCUCUCGGAGGAAUGCCAGAGGCCCUCUGCCUCCCGGUCCGCCUGGGCUUCCCUUACUUGGGAACGCCUUGCAGGUACCACUCGAACACCCCUGGUUGACGUUCACGCGCUGGGCACAACAAUACGGCGAUGUGAUGCACGUCAACGUGAUGGGUCGCUCGUUCGUCAUCCUCAGUUCUCUGAAGGCGAUCGACGAUUUGCUUGAGAAACGGGGCGCCAUUUACUCGGACAGACCCAUCACUCCUAUGGCUGGGGAGCUAGCGGGAUUUGGGCAGUACAUUCCGAUGCUUCCAUACGGGCCUCGCCACAGGGAGGGCCGAAAGCUGAUACUAGGUGCUGUCAAUCCGCGGAAUUUACCCUACCUUCAAGAGGUCCAGGAAGAGAUGAUUACUCUGUUCAUUGCCAGGCUUGCCGAAGAUCCCUCAAACUUUGCAUUGCAUAUACGCUUCCUUAUUGGAAGCACUGUUGUCCGAAUCACGCACGGAGUGACAGUCGAUCAGUACGAUGACCCGAUCAUUGAGGCAAUGGAGAACGUCAUGGAUACCUUUACGAAAUUGUCGGCGCCGGGAGCAUACUUAGUGGACAGUUUCUCCUCUUUGAUGCACAUACCCGACUGGCUUCCCGGGGCUGGCUUCAAGAAGGUUGCAAAGGCUGCUCAAGCGGAGACUCUCAGAAUAGAGGACAAGCUAUGUAACAUAGUGAAGGAGCAGGUGGCGUGCGGCACAGCGCCUCCUUCAUUUAUCGGCGACCUGCUACAGAAUCAUCCCGACUCGACUCCGGAGGAAGAGGAAGUCUACAAGAAAAUUGGGCUGAUAUCCUACACGGUCUCCGCGAUCGAGUCCUUUCUGAUCCUGAUAGCGCAGAAUCCGGACAUCCAGCGCAAAGUGCAGGCUGAAAUAGACGUAGUCACUGGGCGUACACGACCACCCACAGCAAGCGACCGCAGUGACCUUCCAUACCUCGAUGCAGUGCUGAAGGAGGUGUUGCGUCACAUGCCUGCAGGUCCCUUAUCGCUUCCCCACAAGGUCCGCCAGGAUGAUCAUUACGCAGGGUAUUUGAUCCCCGCAGGUGCUACUGUAUUGCCCAACACAUGGGCCAUCAUGCGUGACCCCACACUCUACCCGAACCCGGAGGUCGUUGACCCCGAACGCUACUUGCAUAACAGCGACAAGAACAUCAAUCCCGAUCCUCGAUCAUUCGCAUUUGGAUACGGCAGGAGAGUUUGUCCGGGCCAGACACUCGCCGAACGCACCCUCUACCUCACCGCGGCCAAUAUUUUGGCGUCGUUCGAUGUCAGCGAUGCCGUCUCUCUGGACGGUUCAAAGCCUAAGUGGGGAGGUCGCAUCAUCAGCAAACCACUGCCAUUCAAUUGCACCAUCAAGCCGCGGACGAAGGCCUUGUGA